GUUCAGGUUUAGGGAUGGUACUGCAAUCUCUAAAGUGCGCCUAUGUUGUGGUGCAGCCGGCAGCCGUUGUGUUAGAUGACGACAAAGACGAGCUGUAUUUCUCGGGCCGAACACGCGCGACUUCGCAAGAAAAAACACAAUCAAAACAACACCCAUCGACCAAUGAUAGGAAAGCACGCUGACAUUCGAGGACGAAAGAAGGGGAGGAGAAUGGUAAAACAGGUGGUGGGUGACAAGUGGAUCGUGGCUCGCAGUAGUCAAGGCAGCUGGCCGGAGCUCAAGAGUUGCGGGUCAAAGACGGGACACAUGGCCCAGAGACUGCGAGACCUCUACCUAGUCGGCGAUGCCACUACCGACGGUGAUGUGGCCUUCUCCUGGAGUUGCUUGCCGUCGUCUCCUGGUUGGCAGAGACCCUGCAGAGGAAAGACGGCAGGGAUGAGGAGCAACGCCUCUACAAGCAACGAGACUUCCAGAGAGUUUCGCUACCCUAGACGGCAACGGAAAGAGGUUAACUUCGUAGAAUGCGAAGAGGGACCGGACCAAGAGUACCUGUUUUGCGAUGACUGCAAGAUGGACUACCCCGGAGACUGUCCCGUCCAUGGACCUUUAACGCCAGUCAAGGACACUGCGGUUCCCUUGGGUGACCCCCAGCGCGCAAACAAGACAGUGCCCGAGGGGUUGUGUGUGCGCCGUUCGACGAUCAAAGGGGCCCAGUACGGCGUGUUUACCAUGAAGCGGCUGCCCAAGAGGCUGUGCUUUGGACCGUACGAGGGCGUCCAAGUGGACAGCAGCGCCGCAAACGGGUACACCUGGCAGAUCCGCCACAGCGGCCGAGUAUUCCUGGUGGACGGCCGCCCGUUGGACCGUUCCAACUGGAUGCGCUACGUCAACUGCGCUCCCGAGCAGAGCCAGCAGAACCUGGUGGCGUUCGUGCGCCAGGGUGCCGUCUACUACCGCACCUGCAAGGUUGUGAACGCCGCAGAGGAGCUGUUCGUGUGGUACGGGGACGACUUCGCCAAGCAGCUGGGCCUCAUCGGCAACUCGGGGACACAGAACAAAGCGGCCGAGGAGGAUGUUGCUCCGCCACGUGAGGUCUUUUCGUGCGAGGAAUGCGGUGACCUGUUCUCCGUGAAAGAAUCAUUGGACAACCACCGGCGACGCGAGCACAGGCAGAAGCCCCAAGGAAAACACAAAUGUCCCCGCUGCCCCUACUCCAGCAACAAAAGUCACAACGUAACCAAUCACGAGAGGAUCCACACGGGCGAGAGGCCGUUCGCGUGCCACAUCUGCCGCCGGGGCUUCAGCCGGCGGGCACAUGUCGACAGGCACCUGCUGGUCCACACGGAGGAGCGACGCCACGAGUGCCCGGACUGUGGCCAGCGCUUCGGCCAGGCGUCAAACAUGGCGCGGCACCGGAAGCUGCACUCGGGAGAGAGCGCGCGCUGUCACGUGUGUCCGGAGUGCGCGAAGCGAUUCGCGCAGAAGGCUGCCCUCGCCGCUCACCUGCUCACCCACACGGGCGAGAAGCCGCACGCCUGCACCGAGUGCGGAGUGAGGUUCGCGCAGCGCGGCCUUGUCAGACGACACGAGUUGGUCGUCCACGGCCGUCAGUACCCGUUGCACUGCCCGCACUGCGGCAAGGGGUGUGUGAACAUGAACGCCCUUAGAGGCCACGUGCGCGCUCGUCACCGAGACGAUGAGGACGACAAUGGAGCGACGACGAGAAAUAAAACGACGACCAAAUGA